AAGAAAGGGAAAAAUAAGGGGAUAGCAGUUAAAGACAAAGAAACAAGCGGCGAAGAGUGAAAACUUUUCCGUGAGGUCCCCCGACAUUAUGCCACGCUUUUUCCGCGUCCAGACAAAUACAUUCACUAAACACAGAAUAAGGUAUAAAGCUCUCCACUCAAACGACGUCGCUCUCAGACCAUGCAUAUCUAAUGUAAAUGCCUUUUCCCUUCACCUAAACUAUCUCCCAACUAAAACAAAAAAAAGGAACAGAGCUAUGGCUUCUUCCCGCACAACAAGAAUUGCUGCAGCCAUCGCCGCGUAUCUUCCGUUGAUCACCAUGAUGAUCAUCGGGGAAUCCGUGGCCAGGGAGCUACGCCCUUCCGACCACGGUCUGGAGUACCAGAGCGUGCCGCCGACCGGGCUGAAGUCACCGGAGAUGAUGUCCUUCUUCGGAGCGGAAUCCAAGUCUUCCUCUUCUUCGACGCCCUCCACGGUGGCAUUGCCCAAGGCCAUGAAUUCCAACGAAACGUCGUGGUGGGCGGGAGGCAGCAGCCGCCGGGGGAGUGACCACUUGAGGCACGUGCUGCUGCUGGGGAGCUUGGUUUGUGGCGUCACAGGUGUGGCAUUGUUGGCUGCUUCUGCUUUCAUUUAUCUUAUCAAGAGAUCAUCCCCAUCCACUAACAACAACAAUAAUAAUAAUACCAACAAUAGUUUAGUCCUAAUUGGCAGCAAGUGAUUUAGGAUGGAUUCAAAAUAUGUAGCUUUUCCAGUGGAUUGCCCAAUUUCUUUUUUUUUUUUUCCCAUUUUCAUUUUUAUUUGUUUGGGUCUAUAUCUUUAGGAAGGAUCAAUGUAAAGUAGUUAAAGAGGGUGAUAUUAGUUAAACUUCAUAGCUAAGAAAAAAAAAAAACUAAAAAUGCUGCCUUUGCUUUCUUUAUCUUUUCCUUUCUCUCUUCUUUUAACUUUUUUUUUCCUUUUUAAUUUGUUUGUUUGUCUGCUAAACUUCAAUUGUUGAUGUACAUAACCCUUUGUGCCCUUUA